AUACCACUAGUUCGUCCUUCCCCGCGUAAGCAACUUACUGUACCGGUCCUGCGACAGCGGACUCAGUGUAUAGGUUGUCUACGUAUUUCUACUCGCGAUUGGCCUAAGCAGCCUAACAGUACCGAUUCCCCCUUAUAUUGUGCUCGGCAGAAAAAAGUGUACGAGUCUGUAAGUACCCUAUAUAUUCUCGAUCAGGGUCCGCUUCCGGUUCCGGACGGUAUAGCUAGGAAUAGGUUCGAACUGUUAUCUGUCUUAGAGUGGGCUAAGGAGUUCUGGUGUAACAAUAUAGGCCGGUAUAGUGUGUUAGAUAACGAGGAAGACGAUAAGGGAAACGAGGUCUACUUCCUAUUUCCUUAUAAGCUGGUUACCUACGUUUCGGUCUUAAUCCGCGAGGUCACUGGUAGCUUUAAUAACCUCGUUAAAAACUACCGUUACUUAUAUAAUCUAGCUGGGACCCGUAUCCCCGCUGCUGUGUAUACGUCCUACGAUAUAUAG